CACAUACGAAAUUACGUACACCACCGAUGACAGCUACGCAUGUGAACGGUAGCGGUUGAAUGGUGUAUGACAUCGCAAACGUAAACGUCAAACGUUCCUUUUCUUUCUCUUUCCGGUAGGUGCCGAAUAACGUGCAAAAUGAGAACCAUCAACUCAAAUCAAUGUGUUAAAAUCCCACGGGGCAUUGUAGCCUCCGUUAAGUCACGUAUUGUGACAAUCAAAGGCCCGCGUGGUAUUCUGAAGCGCAACUUCAAACACUUGGCAUUGGACAUCCAAAUGGUUUCACCACGUACAUUGAAGGUCGAAAAAUGGUUUGGAACCAAAAAAGAAUUGGCUGCCGUUCGCACCGUGUGCUCGCACAUCCAAAACAUGAUUAAAGGUGUUACAUAUGGAUUCCAAUACAAAAUGCGUGCUGUAUACGCGCAUUUCCCCAUCAACUGCGUUACAUCCCAAAACAACACAGUGAUUGAAAUCCGUAAUUUCUUGGGCGAAAAAUACAUUCGUCGCGUCGAAAUGGCACCAGGCGUCACCGUUGUUAACUCAACAAAACAAAAGGAUGAAUUGAUCAUUGAAGGCAAUGACAUCGAAGCUGUUUCUGGUUCGGCUGCGCUCAUCCAACAAUCGACAACCGUCAAAAAUAAGGAUAUUCGUAAAUUCUUGGACGGUUUGUAUGUGUCAGAAAAAACUACCGUUGUUCAAAAGGAAUAAAUUUUCAGUUAAUUCUCAAUAAACUAUAAUCUACAUUGGAUUUAACGAAAACACAGAGA